CACCACAUGCCUUCACAGAAGAAAGCUUUCCAACUUUUAACUGUGAAGAACAGACAGCAGCUUAGAAGCAGCUUCCGCUGCUUCCUGUCCUGCUGUCAGAAGGUGGUGGUGGAUGACAAGGCUCCAAGCGUGGGAAUGCACCAAGGAAGAUGUUGAUAUUCCCAGUAGGCGAGUUUUGAUUACUGGUGCUACGGGGCUUCUUGGCAGAGCUGUGUUUAAAGAAUUCAAUGGAAACAAUUGGAAUGCAGUUGGCUGCGGAUACAGGAGAGCGCAGCCCAGAUUUGAACAGAUUAAUCUUCUGGACUCUACUGCAGUUCAUGACAUUAUCCAUGAUUUUCAGCCUCAUGUUAUAGUGCAUUGUGCUGCUGAGAGAAGGCCAGAUGUUGUAGAAAGUCAACCAGAUGCUGCUUCUCAGCUCAAUGUGGCUGCUUCAGGGAACUUAGCAAAAGAAGCAGCUGGAAUUGGAGCGUUUCUGAUCUACAUUAGUACAGACUAUGUAUUUGAUGGAACAAGUCCUCCUUAUAAAGAGACUGAUGCACCAAAUCCCCUGAAUUUAUAUGGUAAAACAAAACUGGAGGGUGAAAAGGCAGUCCUGAAAAAUAACGAAGAUGCUGUAGUACUUAGGAUUCCUAUCUUGUAUGGAGAAGUAGAAAGACUGGAGGAAAGUGCUGUGACUGUUAUGUUUGAUAAAGUCCAGUUCAGUAAUAAAUCGGCCAACAUGGACCACUGGCAACAAAGAUUUCCUACUAAUGUCAAGGAUGUAGCAGCUGUUUGCAGACAGCUAGCAGAGAAGAGAAUGCUGGACCCAUCAGUAAAAGGAACAUUUCACUGGUCUGGCAAUGAACAGAUGACUAAGUAUGAAAUGGCAUGUGCGAUUGCAGAUGCUUUCAACCUUCCCAGCAGCCACUUGAGACCAAUUACCGACUGCCCGGUUGUGGGUGCUCUUCGUCCAAGGAAUGCUCAGCUAGACUGCUCCAAGCUGGAGAUGCUGGGGAUAGGUCAGAGAACUCCAUUCCGAGCUGGGAUCAAAGAAUCACUUUGGCCUUUCCUCGUCGACAAGAGAUGGAGGCAGACAGUCUUCCAUUAGUUUGUAUCUUUUUUAGUAGAAGUAUGGUAUGUGGCACUUUUUUAAACAAACAAAAAAAAAAGAAUAGUUUUGUAUGAGUGUUCUUAAAUUGUGACAUUUAUGAGUUUUCAUUUAAUCAGGUAAACAUACGGUCUUGCACUAGUGAAACUGCUAUCCUAAAAAAAAGUUCAGUGACAAAAACUGAGCCUGUUUGAAGUCAUGAAUCUUUCCUUCCAUUUGUACCAGUCUAACUUAAUAUCUAUUCCUAGUGAAUUAUGGUUCUUGGUAAUCGGUACCAUUUGAUACUAAGAGAGAAUUUGAUCACCUGUAGACUUCCUUUUGGCUAAAAUAUACUGCUGAUGCUUAAGGUCUGUGCUGUUGUUAUGUACACAGUUUCUCGGUUACUGUAUCUCCAAAAAUCUGUGAGUUUGUUUUUAACUUUGGAAGGUGUUCUGUUGAAGUUAAAUUGAAGCAGGAAUCAUUAAAGUUAAAUGUUUGUUUUGCUUGAGCUCUGAUCAAAAUGUUUUUAGAAAACUGAAACUUUAUUUUUGCAAUUAUCAAGUACUUUAUAUGCUUGAAAUAUUUUCAGAAUGUUCUGUAUUUUGAAUGCCUGCAGCUUCAUAUUUGUAUAAUACAUUAUAUGUAUCUGUUUUAAUGGUGACUUUAAAAAAAUCUAGGAGAGGGUGGGGGGGGCAAAUAGUUUUGACGUUUGGGUGUUUUGUUUUUUUUUUUUGUACAAGUUUUGGGAGGUUUUGUUUUGUUUUUCGGGGUUGUUUUGGUAUGGAAAGCAUGAAGUAUUUUCUUUCGCAGGGGUAAUAUUUGAAAGGAGGAAGAUAUUCCUAGUCAGUAGAUGUUAAACAACUGAGGAAAGGUAUUUCAGGAAUUUAUAGCACUAGCUUAUUUUGCACAGAUUCUUGUAUCUUGCACUAAUGCAGCCUCUUCUAUACAGCGAAUUGCUUAUGUUGAAGGUUUGCACCAUAAUAAUGCAACCACAACAGUCUAUAAGCAAACCUUUAAUCUGCUCAAGUCUAGUCCUUAAUGUUGGACUCAUUUCCUAGUUGAAGUGGAGGAAGAACAUGCUUUCUAAAGGUUAGUCUCCAUAUGAAGUUGUUAGUCAACAAUGUAAAUGCUCUGAGAUCGCCAGCAGAUCGUUAGUAAAACUAGGAAGAGCGGCAUUUUGAUGACCUAUUUUUCUGAGAUUGAAAUGGGGUGGGAGAGGAGGCAAGGGGGAGAGGAAUGUUCAAUAUUUAAUAAAAAAGGGCAAAACCAGACAAGCUAGAAGUCUUUUAAAAUUCAUCUUUCAAUUUAGUUCCUUUAAGUUCCAGCUAGCAUGUGGUAAGAGUUCCUAAUCCUGAUUUGUUUUGUAGUCUGAAGUCCAGAUGCACACAUGGUAACCUAUCUCCAAAAUUAUAAUAAACAUAUAUUGCCAGAAUCAGAAA